CCCGCAAUAAUACCACGUUCGAUCUCUGUCUCAUUGGAAAUAACUCUCUCUCUCUCUCUCACUCUCUCUCACACACACACACACACAGAACCUAUUCGGAGGCGAAGUUCGCUUGCCAAUUUGUGGAGUGGGAUUUGAGAUUUGCAACAGUGGCAUAUGCGGUCUAUUUUUGGCAGUUGCUUACAAGAUUGGUUUCUGCGUAGCGCCUGGGCUUUGAUUUGAGCAGCCUUUCUAUCAUAAUGGGAACCUCACUUCGCGGUGGGGCUUUUAGGAAGUCGAAUGAUGUGCGGCUUAUUGUAACAACCAUCAUGGGGAUGGUGUUCGGAUAUUUUAUAGGUGUUUCAUUCCCUUCUGUUUCUUUGAGUAAGAUUGCUUUACCUUCAAGUCUAAUAUCAUCCUUUGAUAUGGGCUUUAAUGAUGAUCAUCGUGCCACUCGUAGCUUUCCUGAAAAUCUUGGCUCGGGUAGUACCCCUGUAACACCAAAGAUAUAUGUUCCCACAAACCCUCGUGGUGCAGAGUCCUUACCACCAGGAAUUGUUGUCGCAGAAACAGAUCUGUAUUUGAGAAGAUUAUGGGGUGAACCUAGUGAGGAUCUGAAAAGAAAGCCCAAGUACCUGGUAACAUUUACAGUUGGUUUAAAUCAAAGGAACAAUAUUAAUCAAGCUGUGAAGAAGUUUUCGGAUGAAUUUCAAAUUUUGCUUUUCCAUUAUGAUGGAAAGACAACUGAAUGGGAUCAAUUUGAGUGGUCACAGCGGGCCAUUCAUGUGAGUGCUAGAAAGCAAACUAAAUGGUGGUAUGCUAAGAGAUUUUUGCAUCCGGAUGUCAUAGCUGCUUAUGAGUACAUUUUCAUUUGGGAUGAAGAUCUUGGAGUUGAACACUUCAAUGCUGACAAGUAUAUUGCUCUGGUAAAGAAACAUGGUUUGGAGAUUUCCCAACCUGGUCUUGAGCCAAACAAUGGAUUGACAUGGCAAAUGACUAAAAGGCUAGGCAACAAAGAAGUCCACAAGGAUACCCAGGAGAAACCAGGCUGGUGCAGUGAUCCACAUUUACCUCCGUGUGCAGCCUUUGUGGAAAUUAUGGCUCCAGUCUUUUCCCGUGAGGCUUGGAGAUGCGUCUGGCAUAUGAUUCAGAAUGACUUGGUUCAUGGAUGGGGCUUGGAUUUUGCAUUAAGAAGAUGUGUGGAUCCUGCACAUGAAAAGAUUGGUGUUGUCGAUUCCCAAUGGAUUGUGCAUCAAGUGAUUCCAUCGCUUGGAAGUCAGGGCGAGUCAGACAAUGGUAAAGCUCCAUGGCAGGGGGUACGUGAUAGAUGCAAAAGUGAGUGGGCGCUCUUUCAGGAUCGCCUUGCAAAUGCAGACAAGUCAUAUUUUUCACAAAUCCAGCACCAGCAUACUUGACUAUGACCAUGUAAAUUGCUUUGUUUAUUUCUUCGUUAGUCCUCACAUUCCCUGAGAGUGGUUUUGGUGGCCGGAUUCUUUCAUGCGAGUUACAUCCUUCUACGGUGUAGAAUAUCCUGUAUAAUGAGUAGCAUUAAAACAUGAUUAGAUACUUAGAAAGAGAACUUUGAUCGUUUGUGCAGAAGUAGAAAUAGGCUGUAUUAGUUUGCUGUACACUAAUGGAUAUCACUACUUGUUUUCUUGUACUUAAAUGCAAUUAACAGAGCUUCUUGUU